CUGCCCGGCCUCUGCGCAGCUAACAGGCUAAGCUGGCUCGGCGGCUCGCAGCUUCUCUCGGUGAGGUUAGUUAGUUUGAGACGCACCGGCUCCAUCCGCAGCUCGGUGCCGUUCACAGCGACUUGAUCCAAGGUUCACGCCCGGCGCAGGGACACCGAGUUCGGACGUCGGCUUACCAACAGUUGAAGAUGAUUAAGCUGUUCUCCCUGAAGCAGCAGAAGAAAGACGAGGAAUCUGCUGGAGGAAACAGAGCCGGAGCCGGGGGGAAGAAAGCCAGCGCGGCCCAGCUCCGAAUACAGAAAGACAUCAAUGAGUUAAACUUGCCAAAGACGUGUGAAAUCAGCUUCCCAGAUGACGACGACCUCCUCAACUUCAGACUCAUCAUCUCACCAGACGAGGGUUUUUACAAAGGAGGGAAGUUUGUCUUCAGCUUUAAGGUAGGACAGGGUUACCCCCACGACCCCCCCAAGGUAAAGUGUGACACCAUGGUGUAUCACCCCAACAUCGACCUGGAGGGAAACGUCUGCCUAAAUAUUUUAAGAGAGGACUGGAAGCCCGUUCUGACAAUAAACUCCAUCAUCUACGGUCUACAGUAUCUAUUUCUAGAGCCAAACCCAGAGGACCCGUUGAACAAGGAGGCGGCGGAGGUCCUGCAGACAAACCGGCGGCUCUUCGAGCAGAACGUCCAUCGCUCCCUGCGGGGCGGCUACGUGGGCGCCACCUACUUCGAGAGAUGUCUGAAGUAGCUCGCCGUCCCGCCGUCCUCCAAGCUCCUCCCACUUCUCCCCCUUCCUCCUUCUGCGCGUCCUCUCCUCCUCCUCCUCCUCCUCCUCCUCCUCUGGUCCUGCUCCUCGGCUGCAGCGGGAGCCGCGGCGACGGAAAGCAGCACGACGCAACAUGCUUUCCUGUUUUAACGCAAAAGAAGCUCCUCCUCCUCCUCACCUGUCCCCUCCCACCCCCUCUUCCUCAUCUCUGUUUCACCGCCGCCAUUUUCACGCCACGGUGGGACGCCAGCGAACGACACAUCUGACCGGACUCUGCUAACGGGGAGGAGGAGGAGGAGGAGGAGGAGGAGGAUGAAGAUGGAGGACUACGGAUGGACAGAUGUGGAGGGGAGGGGUGCUUGUGAAUGUGGCUCUGGCCAACGUCUCGGCGCCGAUGAUAAUGAUGCUCACCAGAUUGUUUUCUGUCUUUAUUUUUGCGUGCGUGGCGAAGACACCUGACAUCACGCAGGUGAUCAGAGAGACACGCCCCCUCCCCGUCGCCGCCUUCAUUCAUUGGUUACCGAUCAGAAAGAACGCAGCAAACUCCAAACAGCUCCCUCCGUUCCUGCAGGAAGUCUAACAGAGGGGGCG